GUUAGAGCGUGAUCAUUUCUGACUCCUGAACCAUAACCGGGCGAGUAACUGAUCCGGUUACUGUGAAGAUCACGUACAAUACUGUGUUUGCUAGUAAAGGAGAAACAUUAUAAAAAUAUCUGACAAAUUCAGUUGCGCUGAACAAGACAAUGUCUGACAAGACCGAGAACCAAACCUCAGACCUUCCUGAUGCACACAGAGGGCAUCUAGAGGAAAACACGGACACAGGGCUAUUAAAUGUGAAGGAAGAGGAUGAGACAGAUGACAGGAAUAGUCAUCAGACUGAAAUACAUUGGUCUCUCCCUGCCGCUGAAGAUAAUACUGAAAUAGUGAAAGUGGAGGUAACAGAAGAUCUGUGUGCAAGACAUCAGCUGGAAACUCCAGAUGAGGAAACCAGUGACAAUAUCAGCCCAGGCCGUACUGAUGUGACGCCUACAGAGAGCUCAGCGGUAAAGCACGGAGGAGAACCAUCUGUGAGUGAUCAGGUGAAGAUUGAGGAGAAUGAAGUUCCUAUUAAUACGGCUACAGGUGAUGUAAAGACUGAAGUAACACUUAAUGCUGAACAAACAAAUAAUCUGUAUGUAAAGAGUCAGCUGGAAGCUGUGAAGCAGGAAAUCGGUGACAAUAUCAGUACAGGUGAAUUUACAAACUGCAAUAAUCCUGAUCAUAGUCAAAGUGCUGAUACUUCUUUCAAUCUUCUUCAAAAUCAAGGAAGCAAUGUAAAAAAUGUAUGUUCUGAAUGUGGAAAAUGUUUUACAUUGAAAUCAUCUCUUAGUAAUCAUGUGAAAAUUCAUGCAGAACAGAAAGUAUUUUCAUGUUCUCAUUGUGGAAAAUGUUUUACUCGGAAAUCAUGGCUUAUUGCGCAUCAGAAAAAUCAUACAGCAGAGAAAGCAGUUUCAUGUUCUGAAUGUGGGAAAUGUUUUACUUGGAAAUCAGAUCUUAUUAGACAUCAGAAAAUUCAUACAGGGGAGAAAGAAUUUUCAUGUUCAGACUGUGGGAAUUGUUUUACUUACAAGUCAUCUCUUAUUACUCAUCAGAAAAUUCAUACAGGGGAGAAAGCGUUUUCAUGUUCUGACUGUGGGAAAUGUUUUACUCAGAAAUCAUCUUUUAUGGCUCAUCAGAAAAUUCAUACAGGAGAAAAAGAAUUUUCAUGUUCUGAAUGUAGGAAAUCUUUUACCCUGAAAGUACAUCUUGUCACUCAUCAGAAAAUUCAUACAGGAGAGAAAGCAUUUUCAUGUUCUGAAUGUGGGAAAUGUUUUAUUCAGAAAACAAAUCUUAUUAUGCAUCAAAAAACUCACACUGGAGAGAAAGCAUUUACAUGUUUUGACUGUGGGAAAUGUUUUACUCAGAAAUCAUCUCUUACCAGGCAUAAGAAAAUUCAUACAGGAGAGAAGGCAUUCUCAUGUUCUGACUGUGGCAAAUGUUUUACUCAGAAACCAAAUCUUAUUAUGCAUAAGAAAAUUCAUACAGGAGAGAGAGCAUUUUCAUGUUCUGACUGUGGAAAAUCUUUUAAUCUGAAAUCAUAUCUUAUUAGACAUCAGAAAAUUCACACAGGAGAAAAAUAGUUUUCAUGUUCUGACUGUGGGAAAUCUUUUACCCUGAAAGGACAUCUUGUUACUCAUCAGAAAAUUCAUAUUAAAGGGAAUCUGUGAAAUCAAAUGCUUAACCACUUAAGUGCACAAGGCGACACAAACACUGUAGACACUGCACGGAUGAUGACUACAUGUCAUCCUUUAUGGGGGAAGGGCUGACUUUUGGAGAUGCUUGGGUACCCUUCUGCACCUGAAGCAGUUAUAAGGUGCCCCUAGAGGAAAAGGUUUCUCUAUAUACAUUUGAAUAGUGAAGUUAGAACAUAGCAUAAACAAUGUGUUUUUUCAAGUAGAGGUUCAAGGAAAGGUGCCCCUAUGUGCAGGUCGUUAUAAAUAAGGGUUUUUGGGAAAUUUUAGAUAUGUUGAUUAGGCAUGUGCAUUCAUUUCUUUCAUGUAAUUAGCAAGAGUCCAUGAGCUAGUGACGUAUGGGAUAUACAUU